AUGUUGUCUCAAAUGCCUAUGAUGCAUUGUCAAUANCCCCCAUCUCGAGCAAGAAGUUCUGGCGAUGGGGAUUUCUUNUUUUAUGUCGAGGGUCUACCUCCGUACUAUACCUGGGGAAUGUUGAAAGAUCUCACCAGAAAAGCUGCCCCUUAUCCAGGAUGGACAGAAAUGGCCUCAAAUCCACAAGGCAUGCAAAAAGGACGCGGCUGGAUCAAGAUCAAAAGAGCUAAAGAUGCUUUCAAUCUAUAUGCUCGAUCACCUCCGGAGUUGCUGCGAUGCAACGAUGUUCCACGUCCCAUGCAAAGGUUCUCGCCGCCACAGAAUGUCAGCGCCUAUCCCACACCCAUGAGUACAAACAUGAGCACUCCUAUGAGCACACCUGUGCACGAAAUUCCAGUGUUCCAUCACCCACCUCCAAUCGCUCCUAGAAAGAUGAGUCCGACAUAUGUUUAUACUCCCAACUACCGUCCGAUCAAUGCAGCAGGGGGACUUGUACAAACGGAGUCAAGAAGCAUCUUCAUAACCCAGUUGGACUAUGCAAUCGAUCAGCGGCAACUAGAGGAGUACCUGCGCAGAAUUGGAUUCUUCGACAGCUGCGAGAUUCGACGGGAUCCGGCUAGUGGCAGAUCGCGCGGCAUUGCAACCGCCAAAUUCGCAAGUGCAGAGGCGGCUGCCAGAGCGAUUCAAAUGCUGCAUGGUCAGAAGCUCCUGAGCAAGACAAUCAAUGUGCGCUUUGACACGGAAAAGGAGGCGGUUGCACCAUCAAGCUCGAGCAAGAGCUAUCAUGAAGGUCUCAUCAUUGCGAAUGGCUCGAAAUGA